GCCGUUCUUGGCGAUGGUAUUGGUGCAAAUCGGCUACGCAGGCAUGAACAUUACGUCGAAGAUGGCUAUGGAAGCCGGCAUGAAGCCUCUCAUUCUGGUCGCUUAUCGCCAGAUAUUUGCCACUAUCGCCACUUUUCCGGUCGCAUUUUUUCUCGAACGGAAGACAAGACCAAAGAUCACACUUAGGGUUCUUGUUCAAGUCUUCUUCUGCUCCAUUACUGGUGCGACUGGAAACCAAGUGCUAUACUUCAUAGGACUUCAGAAUUCAUCUCCGACCAUUGCUUGUGCCUUAACUAAUCUCUUACCAGCGGUCACGUUCCUCCUCGCCGCAAUAUUCAGACAAGAAACCGUAGGGAUCAAGAAGGCAUCAGGACAAGCCAAAGUGAUAGGAACGCUAGUAUGUGUGAUCGGAGCCAUGGUUCUCUCCUUUUACCAUGGUCACACCAUUGGCAUUGGAGAGUCCAAGAUUCAUUGGGCCUAUGCUGAAAACAUCACAAGACAGGGUUCCAGUUCUGCCCAUUCUAACUUCUUCUUGGGACCUUUUCUUAUUAUGGCUGCUGCCGUUUCUUGGGCCGCUUGGUUCAUUAUCCAGACGAAGAUGAGUGAAACAUUUGCAGCACCAUACACAAGCACACUUCUAAUGUGUUUGAUGGGAAGUAUCCAAUGUGGAGCCAUUGCUUUGAUCUCCGAUCAUAAACUCUCUGAUUGGUCUCUCAGCUCUCCUCUCCGCUUCAUAUCCGCCCUUUAUGCAGGAGUGGUGGCGUCUGCGUUAGCGUUCUGCCUAAUGUCAUGGGCGAUGCAGAGGAAAGGUCCUCUGUACGUCUCUGUUUUCAGCCCUUUACUUCUGGUAGUAGUCGCCAUUUUCAGCUGGGCUCUUCUUGAAGAGAAACUCUACACCGGCACGUUUAUGGGAUCAGCACUUGUGGUUAUUGGUCUCUAUGGCGUAUUGUGGGGGAAAGACAGAGAGGUGAGUGAGAAGGAAGAAGAAAGGGAGAAGGUGAAACAACAACAACGUAGUAAAGGCAAGAGUGAAAGUAAUGAAGAUAUCGAAUCGAGAUUACCGGUCGCAAGUAGUGGAAAUGGUUCCACAAGGUCUAUAUCGCCUUAAAACCAUUGAUUUGGUUCUUCAUCAUAUAUAUAAGUAUGAGCUAUGAACCUUUUGGGAUUUCUUGUUGUCUAAGUUACAGCAACUAAAUUGGAUAUUCGGAGUGUUUGAUUUUGUAUCCCAUUUUGAGGCAAAUGAUGGAGUGUUAAUUUGUGUGUUCGUCCCAUGGACAUAACAAAUAUCACCUUUGAUC